AUGUCGAGCGGACCAUCCCCAGACUCAUCGUCCUAUUUCCUUCCCGUGAAUUCCGCCGAAGCCGAAAGGCUCAUGAACCAACACCUAGUCCUGAUCGACGCGCUAGAUGGACGUAUAGUGCUACCGCCUAUCGAUUUCACGAAGCCCGGGCUCAAGAUCCUCGACUCCGGAACUGCAGACGGUCACUGGAUCAGCGAGCUGCGCAAAACGCUCCCAGACCCCACCAUCCACACCUUCAUAGGAACCGACAUCAACCCGACCCUCUUCCCACACGCCUCCUCGCUCCCCGGCGACACCAGCUUCCACACGCACGACAUCAGCACCCCGUGGCCCGCCAACCAGCACGGGACCUUCGACCUAGUGCACCAACGGCUGACGCUGCCCGGGGCGGCGCCGACCCCACUAGCGCAAGUAGUGCAGCAGCUGUUCGCGCUGCUUACGCCGGGCGGCUGGAUCCAGUUGGUAGAGGCAGAGCAGGUGGGCCCGGAGUCGGGGCCCGUGUUCGGCGAGUUCCUGGAGCUGGUGCGCGGGCUGUUCGACGCGACGGGGGCCGGGUGGCAUUACGCUGGCGACUUGCGCGGAUGGGUCGAGGGCGCGGGGGCCGUGGAUGUGCGCGAACACGUCGUCGAUAUGGCGUUCGGAGCUAGGAAUAGGGACCCGGGGUUGGCGGCUGCGAGCGCUAGGUGCACGGCGCAGGCUAUGCAGGGCCUGGUUAAACAUGCGAAGAGUAAGUAA